AACCUGAAUUGGUUCCUAUAAACCUCGUUAAAAAACAAACAUCUCAGUGAAGCAGGUACUAAACCUACCCCUGCAUCACAGGUGAGGACACCGAGGCACAGAGCAGUUAGGCAGCUUGCCAGGUCCCCGACUUUUUCUAUUUCUUUUUUUUUUUUUUUGAGACGGAGUUUCGCUCUGUCGCCCAGGCUGGAGUGCAGUGGUGGAUCUCGGCUCACUGUAACCUCCGCAUCCUGGGUUCAAGCGAUUCUUGUGCCUCGGCCUCCCGAGUAGCUGGGAUUACAGGCGCCUGCCACCAAGCCCGGCUAAUUUUUGUAAUUUUAGUAGAGACGGGGUUUCUCCACGUAGGCCAGGCUGCUCUCGAACUCCUGACCUCAGGUGCUCUACCUGCCCUGGCCUCCCAAAGUGCUGGGAUUACAGGCGUGAGCCACCGCGCCCGGCCUGGUCCCGAGUUAAUCUACGGCAGGCCGCGGUUCGAACCCCGCUGGUGUGAGCCGCGGGCCGCGUGGUGCCGGCCCAGAGAACAGCUCUCUCCCCAGCCACCGCUCGCGUGGCGUCGCGCCCGAGGAAACUUGGAUCGCUGGCGCCGCGGGCUACGUUCAGUGGGUGCCAGAGAGACACGUGACCGGCAGCGGGGGCGGGGCCUGCAGGGAGCCACGCCCCGCACAGUUAACAGACGGGCGCUCAGGGAGCUGUCUGUGAAGCUGCUGGUGGAGUUGGCGUCCGGGGAGCAAGGGCCAUGGCCACCGUGCAGGAGAAGGCUGCUGCGCUGAACCUCUCGGCUCUCCACAGCCCCGCGCACAGGCCUCCUGGUUUCAGUGUAGCUCAGAAGCCAUUUGGAGCCACGUAUGUAUGGAGCAGCAUCAUAAACACUCUUCAAACACAAGUGGAAGUGAAAAAACGAAGGCACCGUUUAAAACGACAUAAUGACUGCUUUGUUGGUUCAGAAGCUGUGGAUGUCAUUUUUUCUCACCUAAUUCAGAAUAAGUAUUUUGGUGAUGUAGAUAUUCCUCGAGCCAAAGUGGUGAGAGUGUGUCAAGCACUUAUGGACUACAAAGUAUUUGAAGCAGUUCCAACCAAAGUCUUUGGAAAAGACAAAAAACCUACAUUUGAAGAUAGUAGUUGCAGCCUUUAUAGAUUCACCACAAUACCUAACCAAGACAGUCAGUCAGGCAAAGUGAACAAACUAUAUUCACCUGCCAGGUAUGCAGAUGCAUUAUUUAAGUCAUCCGAUAUCAAAUCAGCCAGUUUAGAGGACCUGUGGGAAAAUCUGAGUUUAAAGCCUGCCAACUCCCCUCAUGUAAAUAUCUCUGCAACCUUGUCUCCACAAGUUAUUAAUGAAGUGUGGCAAGAAGAAACAAUUGGGCGUCUACUACAACUUGUAGACCUUCCACUUCUUGACUCCUUACUGAAACAGCAAGAGGCUGUACCUAAAGUUCCUCAACCUAAGAGGCAGUCCACCAUCGUCAACAGCAGUAACUAUCUGGAUCGAGGGAUUCUCAAGGCUUAUAGUGACUCUCAGGAAGAUGAGUGGCUCUCUGCAGCAAUUGACUGUUUAGAAUACCUUCCAGACCAGAUGGUGGUGGAAAUAAGCAGAAGCUUUCCUGAGCAACCAGACCGAACAGACUUAGUGAAAGAACUUCUGUUUGAUGCCAUUGGCAGAUAUUACAGUAGUAGGGAACCUCUGUUAAAUCACUUAUCUGAUGUUCAUAAUGGAAUUGCAGAACUCUUAGUGAAUGGGAAGACGGAAAUAGCUUUAGAAGCUACCCAGCUCCUUCUAAAGCUUUUAGAUUUCCAAAAUAGAGAAGAAUUUAGAAGACUACUGUAUUUCAUGGCUGUUGCAGCAAAUCCUUCUGAGUUUAAAUUACAGAAAGAAAGUGACAACCGCAUGAUUGUGAAAAGGAUAUUCUCAAAAGCUAUUGUUGACAAUAAAAAUUUAUCCAAAGGCAAAACAGAUCUUCUGGUACUCUUUUUAAUGGAUCAUCAGAAAGAUGUUUUUAAGAUUCCUGGAACUCUACAUAAAAUUGUAAGUGUUAAGCUUAUGGCCAUACAGAACGGAAGAGAUCCAAAUAGAGAUGCAGGAUAUAUUUAUUGCCAGAGAAUUGAGCAACGUGACUAUUCCAACAAUACGGAGAAGACAACCAAAGAUGAGCUGUUGAAUUUACUAAAAACUAUUGAUGAGGAUUCAAAACUUUCUGCCAAAGAGAAGAAAAAAUUGCUAGGUCAGUUCUAUAAGUGUCACCCAGACAUCUUUAUUGAGCAUUUUGGAGACUGAGUUUUUAAUAUCUGUAUAUAAGUUGUGUAUUUUAAGAAUAAAUUAUGUAUCCUAAAUAUCCAAUCACAUUUGUAAGCAUUGAAGCUCUAAAUUUGAAACUGUACUUAAUAAAAAUUUUUUUGUAUAA